AUGACCACAGCAGCUCGUCCCACCUUUGAUCCUGCUAGAGGCAAUGACAAUAAAGCACCUAGCUUCCAAUAUAGUGCUCGUGACCUUGCUUCGCAUACUAAACUCAAAUUCAGACAACCUGGUCAAGGCACAACUGACGAAAUCGGUGAUAGAGAACAGUUAUUAGAAGAAUUGAGAAGAGCAGAAAGAGAAUAUUUUGAAGAAAAAGCAGGUGGGCCAUCAAGCUCUCGAUUAAUAAAAGAUCAGGAGGAAAAGAACGAAGAAUCACCAAAUGAAGAAAAACAACGAUUAAUGGCUGAGGCGGCGCGGUUAGCACAGUUAGAUAAAGAUGAUAGCGGACAAGAAAGUGACAGCGAUGACAGCAGUGGAAGUAGUAGUAGUAGCGAAGAUGACGACGAUGAUGAUGAUGAUAAUGCAGCAGAACUCUUAGCUACUUUACAGCGUAUUCGAAAAGAGCGUGCAGAAGAAAAAGAACGACAAGAACGAGAGGCUCGACAAGAAGCAGAGGCAGAGGCAGAGAAGGAAGCCAUGAGUGGCAAUCCUCUUUUAAAUAUUGGCACUGAAAAACGUGAUUUUACUGUGAAAAGAAGGUGGGACGAUGAUGUUAUUUUCAAAAAUCAAGCAAAAGGCCUUGAUGAUAAACCUAAAAAGAGAUUCGUCAAUGAUAUGUUGCGCUCUGACUUCCACAGAAAGUUUCUUCACAAGUAUAUUCACUAA